CGGGGGAGGCACGAGUUCGCACAUAGCCCUGCGCUCUAAGGAGUAAUCAGUUUUGGACGCGUAGUGAAGCCAGGCAGGUCCCGAUGCAGAAGUCACGGCAACCCUCGGCGGAGAUGAAGGCGGACUCCGAUUGGCUCUGAUUUUUAAAAGCCCUUUUCAUUCAAGAGGUUGCCCAUUAUCAACAUGGCAGAACCGUCAGCCCCAGAACCCACUGCAAAAAUGGCGUCACUUAGCCGGGUUCGAGCUCUGACGAUGAUUUUCUUAACUGUCAGCGCCUGCUUGGUUACCCCGACAAGUGGCAAGGAAGGGUCCGAGGACAUGAUUAUCAUCGGGCUCCGAUUAGAAGACACGGACGACAUUUCCUACAUGACUGGUGGCUACCUGCAGGUGAGUGAACGAUCUCCAGUGAAAUUGAGGGUCUAUGGCCAAAACCUUAACAACGAGACCUGGUCCAAAAUUGCUUUUACGGAACACGAGCGAACCCGAGUGAUUGGGAGCAUAGACAGCACGUCUGGGGACAACCAGAGCCAGGAGGAGACAUCGGGCUUGCACCCUUGCGGAAUCAGGACUUCGGAUAUAAUCAUUAGGCCUGGUAUCAUCCUCAGUCGCAAAACGUCUGGAAUAAUUGAGAUAGACGUCAAACCACUGCGAAAGACGGAGAGGAGUAAAGCGUAUUAUCUAUGCAUCGCGGCCUCGACACCUGCGGUGGCUGGGCUGCAUGAUCCAUGGACGGAGAACACCUGGAUAUAUCACGAUGGAGAUGACACAAAGGUGGUAGUGGUGGAAGAGAAGAAGUUUCUCUUACCUUUCUGGCUCCAAGUUAUUUUCAUCUCCAUGUUACUCUGCCUGUCGGGUAUGUUCAGUGGGUUAAACUUGGGGCUGAUGGCACUGGACCCAAUGGAGCUCCAAAUAGUUCAGAAUUGUGGCACAGAGAAGGAGAAGAACUACGCCAAAAAGAUAGAGCCAGUCCGGAGCCAAGGGAAUUACUUGCUUUGCUCCCUUCUCCUAGGCAACGUCUUAGUGAAUACAACGCUCACUAUCCUGUUGGAUGAUAUUGCGGGUUCCGGAUUGAUCGCGGUGGUGAUGUCCACGAUUGGAAUAGUAAUCUUCGGAGAAAUCGUGCCCCAAGCCAUUUGCUCUAGGCAUGGCCUCGCGGUUGGCGCCAAUACAAUAUUCCUGACCAAGUUCUUUAUGCUACUCACCUUCCCAGCGUCCUAUCCGGUGAGCAAACUUUUAGAUUAUUUGUUGGGCCAGGAGAUAGGGACUGUGUACAACCGGGAGAAGCUCCUGGAGAUGCUCCGGGUCACGGACCCGUACAAUGAUUUGGUCAAAGAGGAGCUGAACAUCAUUCAGGGCGCGCUGGAGCUCAGGACUAAAACCGUGGAGGACGUGAUGACGCCGCUAAGGGAUUGUUUUAUGAUUCCAGGUGACGCCAUCCUCGACUUCAACACUAUGUCCGAAAUUAUGGAGAGUGGCUACACGCGCAUACCUGUUUUCGAGGGCGAGAGGUCGAACAUCGUGGAUCUUUUGUUCGUCAAGGACCUGGCUUUCGUUGACCCUGAUGAUUGUACCCCGCUGAAAACAAUAACUAAGUUUUACAGUCAUCCGUUACAUUUUGUGUUUAAUGACACUAAGUUGGACGCGAUGCUGGAGGAAUUCAAGAAAGGUAAAUCCCACCUGGCCAUAGUUCAGCGUGUCAACAACGAGGGGGAGGGCGAUCCGUUCUACGAGGUUCUGGGCAUUGUCACGCUGGAGGACGUCAUCGAGGAGAUCAUCAAGUCGGAGAUCCUGGACGAGACAGACUUGUACACUGACAACAAAACCAAGAAGAAAAUCACCCAUCGUGAGAGGAAGCAGGAUUUCUCAGCCUUCAAGCCCACCGACAACGAAAUGAAGGUUAAAAUAUCACCUCAGCUCCUGCUGGCUACCCUGCGUUUCCUAGCAACAGAGGUGGAGUCCUUUGGACCGGUGCAGAUGUCGGAGAAGAUCCUGCUCAGACUCCUGAGGCACCCCAAUGUCAUCCAGGAGCUCAAGUACGACGAGAAGAACAAGCGGGCGCCCGAGCACUACCUCUUCCACAGGAACAAGCCUGUGGACUACUUUGUACUCAUCCUGCAGGGGAAGGUGGAGGUGGAGGCCGGGAAGGAGGGGAUGAAGUUCGAGGCGGGGGCGUUCUCCUCCUAUGGGAUGAUGGCUCUCACCGCGUCGCCAGUCCCUCUCUCUUUGUCUCGCACCUUUGUGGUCAGCAGGGCCGAGUCUCUGGCAGGAUCUCCAGAGAACAAGUCACCCCCUCGUCCGUUUGGGCUGAACCACUCGGACUCGCUGAACAGGAGUGAUCGCAUAGACGCCAUCACGCCCACCCUGGGCAGCAGCAACAACCAGCUGAACGCCUUCCUGCAGAUCUACGUCCCAGACUACUCAGUCAGGGCUGUGUCUGACCUGCAGUUCAUCAAGGUGACGCGUCAGCAGUACCAGAACGCCCUCGUGGCGUCCCGCAUGGACAAGACGCCCCAGUCGACGGACAGCGAGUACACCAAGAUCGAGCUGACGCUCACCGAGCUGCGCGACGCCGUAGACCCCGGCCCCCCCUCCGUCGUCGCCGCCGCCGCCGUCGUCGCCCUCCUCCCCCCCCCCGCCGCCACGGCGCCGCCGCCGCCCGUGGGCAACGCGGCGGCCAUCACGGAGACGUCCAACCUGCUGAACCAGCAGCAGAACUGCGUGGGCCACAACAAGGCCAACCACAGCCAUGGCGUCCACAACGAGGGACCCAUCUAGCCCCCCCAAGGGGCGGUGGAGGCUGGGGGAGAGGAGGGAGAAUGACCCACCCCCCCACACACACACGCCCACCCGUACCCUCUGCUCUGGGUCUGUAUGCUCAACCCCCCCGCCCCUCCAAACUUGAUCUCCUAAUCUUCCCCCUUGAUGGAGGAGAAGUGGGGGAUGAGGGGACAGGGAGGACAGGGGGUGGAGGAGGCCCUCACCCACCCACCUGGCCCGGGGGAACCUGCCCCAAGGGGGCUGGCGGGGAAAGGGGCAGUACUUUGUGGGGCGCCUAACCUCCACCCCCCCUCCCCCCCUGCCCCAAACUCUCCUAAGACCCCCCCCCCCUGCCUCCUGUAAGUGUGGAUGAGAUGUUUGGACAAUCACCUCCUGUGACUUUGAUAGAUGGGACGACUGUCAGUGUGCGUGCCCACCCAACCUGUCCGCUUUCAAGGCCAAAGACUUUGGUCCCCCCCCCUUUCCAGAUAUACCAGAAACACACACACACAGGCACACACACAAUUUUGGAAUCCAUCUCUUUCCGUCUCUGUCUAUACUACCUACGAGUCUCUCUCUCUCUGUCACACACAUUCACUCACACACACAUACACGAUUACACGUUUGCGCGUGUCGACUCACACCCCCACUCGCACACACGCGCUCGGACACCUUCGCACACACGCGCUCGGACACCUUCGCACACACGCGCUCGGACACCUUUCCAUCUUCAGGGACUGAUUCAAUAACGACAGAAAGGACUUCAGGCAAGCACCAGAGCGAGGAGACAAAAUGGUUAGUCAAAGACUGUAAGGGAUACCGCUUUGAUACGCACCAUGAAACCCAUGAACCAAGAACGUUUUCUUGUAUUUAUUUAUUUUAUAUUUGUAUGUAUAUGUGAGCUUGGAGAUAGAUAUGACAUAUAGUGGCAUACAAACACGCAUGGGCAUGUACACAGAUGUUUUUGUGUCCUACAUAUGACAUAUCAAGGACCUGCUGCAUAUGUAUGUGUAGUUUCACAAACAUGUAUGUAUAUGAAUAGGUGAGGGUCUUUUGCAUAAAUGUAUAUUACAGAUCUUGUUAUUUUUACUAUUACCCUAAAUCAGGCUUAUGGAACAGUAUCUUUUUCACCUUUUUAAAAAUCACACUAUUGCCUUUAAAAAAAUCAUGAUUAAUUAUUUUAACAAAGUGCAAUGAAUCACAUUCUAUUUAAGAGAUGAUUAUGAAUUAAAGAAUCACUGUAUUUUAAAUUGACAGCUGUAUUUGUAUGUAUGUACUGCAAGUAUGUUUGUAUAUUCAUUUCGAAGAAUUGCUGAGCUGAAAAUGUCCACUGGUAAAAUGGUCGUUGGUCAGUUUGCAAAUAAAUAGUCCUUUUUUAUGUUUGAAGUAUAAUGAACAUACACCCUUUGACCUCACUUGAAUUUUGAUGCUGUUUCGUUAUAAGACGAAUGCAUGUCUUAUAAGAGCUGGUUGUCUGACAGAUUAGAUUCAUUCUUUGACUAAAAGCAUUGAGAACCAGAAUAUCUCCUUUGUGAAUUUAGUCGAAGACUAAAACGUAAUCGUUCACGUGAAUCGCCCUACGGUUUCUUAACUGUCGUUUUAGGAGGUUAGGGGGUGUAUGGGUAGAGCUGACUCGGCAGGCGCGCAUGUCCAAAUGUGUCCUGUUGUUGCCAGUCUUAUGUAUAAUCAAACUUGAUAAUUGCACAGUAUUAAUGACCUCAUCUAACACGUAUCGUCGACUUUAUCAGAAUGCAACCGCGGCAUCAAACUUUGUCCAUGAAUGACUCUGUCUGUGGUGAAGAGAGCGCCCCUUUCUAACUGUGCGUGUGUGUGUGCGUGUGGCAUGAUACGGUCAGAUUCUAGCUCAUGUUGAGCUGAGUGACAUCCAUGUAGUAUUUGGUACUGAAUAAACACUUAUUAAGAUAUUUGCUCUGCAUUAUAAUGGCAUGUUGAAGUUCUGCUCUAGAAAACCCCUGAUUUAAAUCCUGCCCGUUAUUUGGUCAACUCGAAUUUUCGGAAAUGAUGCUCAUGUGUACAACUGAUGUACUGUAUGGUUCUACGUUAUUGUAAGUAGACAUUUUUUCCUUUUAAAUCUUAGCCACAAACUGGUUGUCUUUCACUUAAAUCUGCAAGGGAAUCUUUUUUUGUUUUGUUUUUUGUUUCUCUAUUGAUUUCCAGACUUAUCACUUGCUUUCUUUGGGAAACACUGUAUUGAGACCCUGAUGGAUGUAAAUUCAAAUGUAAAGUCCUAUAUUAACUGCAAUUAGAGAUGUAUCACUAAGAUAGUAACUUUGAAAUUACUUUUUCAUGUAGAUGAAAAGUGUUUUCUAUAUUUUAUUAAUCAAAAUCUAAAAUAGAUUCCUACAUUUUUAUUUUAUUUCCUUGACUAUUUCAUUUUUUAAAUAUUAUCUUCUAAUGUAAAUAUAUAUUGAUCCAAUUCACCCUAGAUCUGCAGACAUGCACGCUGCAGCGUUUUACCAUAAGAUCGUUGCACAUCUGCCUCAAAGUUGUGAUACAGCAUGACAACUAACUCUCUUAUGCUUAAAAUAGAAAUUCCAACUUUUGACCACUAGUGGGCGCCAUUUCUCUAUGUCUAAAUCAGUAAAACUGAGCUACUGAAUGUAAACAAAUUACGUAAACGUACAGGCCUGGCCAGUUUCCCACAAGCCACUCCACAGAGGUGUCCUUUUGAUAUAAACAGAAUUAAUACGUGUAACUAUAUAUGUAAGAUAUGUUAUAAUACUGACCAGACCAGAAGUUGUUUUCUUUUUGUUGUUGUUUACUUGCAAGUGUUCCAAUGCAUCAGGUGAACUCUGCUCUGCUGGAACAAUCAUUCCAGAUAGCCGAUGAAGCUAGAAGACGGUUUAUUUGUACUUCACAACGCCUCACUUUAAUAACUACUGUAUUUCAGGGAGAGCAUUAUGCCAGAAAAAAAUGCAUGUCUGAUCACGGUAAGACUUAUUUUGACACCUUGGUUUUAAGAGGAGUAAUUUGGGUAUCAAAAUAAGUCCAACAAAUGUCAAUCUAGAAACUCCUUUACACUGAAAAGGAUGGCAGGGUCUGUGUGAAUGUCCACUGUCCGUUUAUAGGCUUCAGUUAGAAAAACAAGACAACGGAAAGAGAUGUCCGUUUUCCAUUCUCUUUUGGGAGAAUCUUUCCCCUUAAACAAAAUAAUGCAUACCAAUAACAACAUAGGAGUGAAUGACCUUUUCAGACUUGUUCAAAUGUGCUCUCCCCUCCAUCACUGUUUGUAUCGCUCCUCCAAGUCUCCAGAUGCUGCUACUGUAUAUUAUAUGCUUGUCCAUGUCACACACACAACCUGAGGACAUCACCACACACUCUCCGGUUGGUCGUUGGUGGUCCAAUAAAAAAGUGAA